UACCAUUUCAUUCAAGUGCUGGAAGCAAUGAUUGGAUGGUUGUUGGGGUGUUGUCAUGGCGCCUGGAUUAACAACAGAGCCUGGCCCAAACACCACAGCCAUCAGUAACAUAGGUGUGUCUGUGGAUGAGGGCUCUGAUGAAAUCCUGCUAUGGGCAAUGAUAUGUGCCUUUGUCACCUUCUUUGGUCUAGGUUUGGCCACUUGUAAAUACUUCAGAGACCAGUAUGACACACCUGAAAACAAGAAGAAAAGAAAAGACAAGUUGGACCUGCAAAAGAGAGAGAAGGAAGAAAAGGCGGUGGCAGGAGUAAAGAGGGAACCUAUCGCAGCUGAACAGUUCCUCCAAAAACUCAAACAGAAAAAAUCAGAUAAACAGCUGAACAUAGAAGUCAGGGCCAUAGUGAGGAACCAGGAUGAAUUCCCUAAUACAGUUGCCAUGACUCCAGAAAACAUUUUGUUAAACAUCAACCAAGACGUAAUUACAUAUGAUCAUUCCCGAGUGAUUCUCCAUGAUAUACCAGAGGACGAAGGCUGUUCCGACUACGUAAACGCCAGCUACAUUGAUGGUUACUGUCAGGAUAAAGAGUACAUAGCAACGCAAGGACCUAAACAGAAGACCGUGCCUUCCUUCUGGAAUAUGGUGUGGCAGGAAGGGGUUCACUGUAUUGUCAUGGCAACUGGUCUCUUUGAAAAUGCCAAUCAACAAUGUGACAAGUAUUGGGGUGAUGUCUUCAGCAUGCACAAGUAUGUCAAACAUGGAAACAUCCACAUCUGGCUUGAGUCUACUAUGGAGAUUUCACAACUUACAAUCCGUACCAUCCGGAUCCAAAGGGAAGGUGCAUCUACUCAGAGAGUUGUUAAGCACUUUGAGAUGAUUGGAUUUAAUGAUGAGGGGACAGAUGCUGGAUUUGUGUUAGAUUGUAGGCGUAGAGUCCAUGACUUCAUGUUGACAGCUACUGGCCCAGUUCUGGUUCACUGCAGGUGUGGCGGGGGUAAGACUGCUGUUUUUAUUGCUGUGGAUUACUGCCUUAAGGAAUUGGAGGCUGAGGGUCAUGUGGAUGUAUACAGUGCAGUGCUUCAUCUCCGCAAGUUCAGGAAAAAUAUGGUUCGAACACUGUUUCAGUAUCGCCUGAUAUACGAGUGUAUAGCUAUGUAUCUCCAGUGUGGGAUAACAGUAGUGCCCGCAGUGCAGUUCCCUGCUGUAGCCUCACGGUUAUCUGUAAAAGACCCAAGAACCAGGAUGCUGGGAUUUGAGAAGGAGUUUCAGACCCUGAAAUCUCAAGUGACCAAAUUAAGUAUUGGAGACUGUGCUGGUGGCCACAGAUCAGAGAAUCGCUCCAAAAGCCGUGAUAUCAUGCUCCUUCCACCUGAACGAGCUCGCCCCUACUUGUUAACUGCGGAGUCCAGUGAACAUGCUACAGACUUUAUUAAUGCUGUUUAUGUUGAUGGUUAUUAUCAACAGAACAACUUCCUGGUCACACAAUGGCCCCUGCAGCAUACCAUACCUGAUGUUUGGAGACUGGUGUUUGAUUACAAAAUCACCUCUUUUGUCUUGCUCAAUGACUCCAAAUUCUCUAGGAAUUAUCCUUGCUUUUGGCCAACAGAGCUGGAUGAGGAGCAGAAAUUUGGACCAAUCGGAGUGAAGUAUUUAGGAAGCCACAAAGUGUCUCAUGUGACCAUCAGGGCAUUCGCUAUCCGAAAACUCCCUAGACUACAGUAUGACUCAGUUCUUAAGCAUCUAGGGUCAGAUGCACUGAACAUAACAUGUAUACCUCUUGGAGAUUCUGGCCAGGACACAACGAUUGUUAAAAUAUUCCAGCUAAACAGCUGGCCUAGUAAGGAGAAAACCCCCUUUUCCUCAAAGUCCCUCAUCUAUCUGAUGGGAUUUGUGGAAGAAUGGCAGCAGAAGACAAACCCUCUCAAUCCGGUCCUAGUUAUGUCCAAGGAUGGCCUGACUAGAGUUGGAGUGUAUUGUGCGUGUAAUUAUUGCUGUGAUCAACUAAAAGCGGAGGGAGAAGUAGACAUUUUCAAUGCUGUCCGAAUCGUUAAAAAAAACAGACCUGCACUUGUGCCAAAUGUUGUGGAGUAUAUAUAUUGUUACUCUUUCAUUGUUUUUGUGAUUGAGAUUAUGCAAGAAGACAAACCUAAGAUAGUGAUUACUGGCCCAGCCACUAAGGCGGGUCAGGUGAAUCGUGGGUAUGAUUUCACCAACCACAUUUUACCCGAGGAAACUUCCAGUCUAGCUGCCACAUCAGACUGGAGUUAUGUGACAGCUUUCGAUGUCUCUGUAUACAGAGAUGGCUCAAACCUGGCAGCACGAGGAAGGGUGACAACUAGUGUCUCUCCUGUGUCCCAACUCCAAAUUCCUGCAGUAGACAAAACUCCAAGUAGUUCUCAGCCCAACAUUAGUAGUCAUAGAAGUCUGGAAAACACACCCUCGUCCUCAGAACAGACUGUCGUCUCCAACAGGACUAGACGAAUGUCAGAAAGACAGUCGGAGGAAAACAAUAAUUUGUUAGAGCGCUCAAAUUCUAAUGGUUCCAGUGUGUAUUAUUCUAGUGCAUCUAUAGAGAGUAGUUCUACAUGUCGGGCGGAGGGCUACACUGGAAGUAAAGGUGUUCAAAGAAAGGAUAUUGGCAACUCACGAACACGUAGACCCACUUUGAAACGACAGAAUGCAGAGGACAUGGUUGAACUCAAAUCCAUGCAAAACUGAAGCCGAUACAAAUCUUGAAAAUUGUGACAAUCUUUGCACCUUUGUAAUUCAGCUCAUGUUGUUAAAAGUUUUAAUAGCAUUUUUUUUUAUUCCUUGACAACAGUCAGUGCCUGAAUUGUUCAGAUUAGCUGUUAGACAAGUCUACCAUAAAAUAUAUAUUAUGUUCUAAAUUUUAACUGUAUUUUUGUGGUUGUGGGGAGCAAUAAGCAGAAGUGAAAGAUUUUAGAUUAUAUUGUAUUAAUGCUAAGCAUUGAUGUAUAUUUUGUAGUGGGUUAGUUUUAGGUAUAGAUUAAAGUUUAACUGUACAAUAUUUUAUGUUACAGAUAUCUUACAUUUUAUCACUU